UCUGUUUUUUUAAUGAUGGAAAACGGCAGAACCGCAGCUGUUGCUAAAAGGAAGAGCAUUCAUAAAAAUCAUCAAUGGCUCCAGGACCCAGAUCUUAACAAGGCGCGCUCAGUGAAAAGGCGAUGUGGAGAGAACAGAGAAAAUGCUGGACAUUCAGACAAUGUGGAGAGGAGGACAUCAACAGGAUGCAGCAGAAGAAUCAGAGAUAUAAAACACGAGAGGGUGUUAGCACCGCAACCGCAGUCAUAUGUAUGUGCAGGUAGGCCAGAGGAGAGUGAGUGGGGGAAAACUGUAAGCCGCAGGAGUCCAGGAGCACAGGUUAAAGUAGCAGCAGUGGUCAAAACCUCCCUGAAGAACAACUGUCAACCUGCCCCUAGAAAGAGGAGGAAGAUUCAGCCCUCUGUAUUUCGGGGCAAAGGCCAACUGAAACUGACAGUAACACCAUACAAUGGACUGUUCUGUGUACAAAUUCUAGAGGCCAGAGGUCUCUUGGGAAAAGAGUACGGACCAUGUGACUCAUAUGUUAAGAUAGCUCUAGUACCAGAUGUUGACCACAGCAAAAGGCAGAAGACUAGGACUGUCUUAGACUGCAAAAAUCCUGUCUUCAAUGAGACAUUUGCAAUACCUGUGGGUGAAGACGAGCACCAAAAGAGAUUGUUGGUGACUGCCUGGAAUCGCAAUCUGACUUCAAGACGAAGUGACUUCUUGGGCUGUAUGAGUUUUGGAGUUCACUCCCUCAUCACUUCAGCAAAGGAGAUUAAGGGUUGGUAUUAUCUCCUGGGUGAAGAACUGGGCAGGAGCAAACAUCUGCGAGUGGCCUCACGGCGCAUCAAGCAGUCUGCCGAAGCUGCCCUGUCCAACCAUGCUGCCGGACCUGAUCUCGCAACUCCAGAGAACAUGCAGUCAUUAACCGUUACCAUUUUGAGGGGCAAGGAUGGCUUUGGCUUCACUAUCUGCUCAGACUCACCUGUGCGAGUGCAGGCUGUGGAUCCAGGUGGCCCAGCUCACCAGGCUGGCCUGCAGCAGCUGGACACAGUACUGCAGCUAAAUGGCCAACCUGUUGAGCACUGGAAAUGUGUGGACCUGGCCCAUGCCAUCAGAAACUGCCGUAAUGAGAUUACUGUGGUGGUGUGGAGAACAGUGCCAGUCAUGAAGCCCUACUACGAAGGCCUGAUUCACAGACCGUCAUAUAAACCCAGCGGUUUUGACACUCUCUCCCCCACCGCCAAGACCCAAAGCAAAACCCCACCACUGCUCUCUCGGCCCUCUAACCAUAAACUUGGACGCCGCAAGAAAGGAAGCAACUCUGAGAGCACAGGAAGUGGAGCAGGGGAACCGACAUGGUCAUGGACAGGGAAACGGGAAGAGAACGACUACAAAACACGCACUCAGACCCUCAAGGGCACCCGUGUGACAUCAUCAAAUGGCGACAAUUAUAUCAUCCUUUCCCCUGUCAACCCAGGAAAUCAGAUAUUACAGCCUGUUUAUCCAGACAGUAAUGGAACACUAGGAACCCUUGGGAGAAUCUAUCAGACUCAUCCCUCCAGAGGUCUUCAGCAGAGCACUGGAUAUCUACAAGACACUGGACUGGAGGCACGAGCCACCUUGAGAAGGUCUGUGAACAGCAAGACCGCUACCAUACCCCCUUCAGCAUACAGACAAAGCUUUGCCAACUACCAGAACUGCACUAUCGUCCAGUCCCAUCUCCCCCACUCAAACUACGGCACGUAUGUCACCCUGGCCCCUAAAAUCCUGAUCUUCCCAGUGUUUGUGCAGCCUCUGGACCUGUGCAGCCCGGACAGAACUCUGCUAUUAUCUGAAGAGAUGAUCCUUCAUGACAGCACACACAUGUCACUUAAGGCCACAGUGUUCAUCUACACCGACCUGAUACUCCUGACCAGAGAGGACGAGCCAGGCCGAUGCAAUGUGCUACAGAGUCCACUCUACCUCCAUCAAAUUCAGCUGCAGGAUGUUCCAGCAGACAAGCUGCGGCUGUACGUCUCCUACAGAGUAGAGAGAACUGAGUGUCUGUUCAGUUUGGAGGCCUUUUCAGCUGAGCAGAAGAGAAGAGUGUACCAGUGCUUGAGAGAUAAUAUUAACAAGCAGCUUGCCCUGAGGGAGAGAAUGGGCCCUGAUCAGAUGCUGGAGCCAAAAGCUGGAGAUCAGGCUGAUGUAGGGUUGCUUGGCUUUGGACCACAGGGUGUUUCAGAACCUUGCUCUCCAUCUUGUCCCUCUGGGUCCCCAGUCACAGGCCACAGCAGAACCAGAACCAGAACCAGCACACCCGUCGAGCACCUCUCCUAUCCAGACUUGCGCUGUGGCACCGGAGAUACCAUCCAGCCCCCUCCCCCGCCUGGCGACUCCACUAAAGCUGUGUACAUGGAGACUUCUGCCAUCUGGAAGGAGAGGGAAAAGGAGCCAAAGAGAGGCGAACAGGAGGUGGAGUUGGAGAGAAGGGAGCAGGGCGAGGGCGAGAGCGCCUCAGAGACAGUAAGCGUGGGCGCCCGUCCCACGUCUUCAUCCUCUUCAUCCUCACCUCUCAUCAUUCCCAAACUGUGCCUGGACCGCUCCUUCAAGCCAGACCCGCUGACCUCUCCGUCCACUGAUGAUGACGAUAAUGAGGAGGAGGAGGAGGAGGAGGAAGAUGACAGUGAUGAAGGCUAUCUGAAGAGGAGGAGCCUGGUGGAGACAUCACCCAGCAGGGGGCAGCAGAGUGGAGGGUUGUGCGUACAGCGCUCCCUUCACCGGCGCACUCACAGUGAGGGCAGCCUGCUCCAGGAGCCCCGCUCCCCACGUUUCAUCUCUGACCAGGCCAUUCACUGCCUAGACAGCGGCAGGGAGACGCAGGAGCGCUGGACUAUCCCUUCCCCUCAGACUCUGAGGAAGGAGCUCAACAAGAAUGGGGGGUCUGUCCACCAUAUUUGCCUGCUCUUCACUGGAAGGAGGGUCUGCGGUGAGCCAAACUGUAAAUGUCAGUUGGGGAAGAGUGUCAUGAAAAAGAAGUCAAAAAAUCUGGCCAAAGACAUGAAAAAUCGACUGACCUUCCUUCGGAAGAAGAACAAUGACAGACAUGGAAGCAAUCCAGCCAACAAGCUUGAGAAAGUCUUCAAAUCAGACAAACCCACUCCAGAGGACGCUCUUAAAUGGGGAGAAUCGUUCGACCUGUUACUUUCCCACAAAUAUGGAUUGGCAGCAUUUCGGUCCUUCCUGCAGACGGAGUUUAGUGAAGAGAAUCUGGAUUUCUGGCUGGCUUGUGAGGACUACAGGAGGAUCAAGUCUCUAUCCAAGAUGGCUUCCAGAGCGAAGAAGAUAUAUGCAGAGUACAUCUCCAUUCAGUCAUGUAAAGAGGUUAAUUUGGACUCGUACUCCAGGGAGCAGACCAAGGAGAACAUGGAGAACAUUAGCGCUGACUGCUUUGACCUGGCCCAGAGCAGGAUCUAUGGACUCAUGGAGAGAGACCCCUACCCUCGCUUCUUACGCUCAGACCUUUACUUGGACCUAACCCAUCAAAAAAGACCCAGCUCAGCCACAGAGCUGUCUUAAAGCUGCCCGCUCUGACUGCAGAUUCAACAUUAGCACAUCAGAACAGAGUGUGUCUCCAUUGAUAGUGCAUCCCUAAGGAGAUGAAAUAGGUUGAUGUAUCAUAUGGAUGAUUUAAGACAGUGAUCGGUGUAUGUUAUCAGACUGUCCAACUGAUGUACAGCACUGUGUGCGUAUAUAAGUCUUUUUGGUUGUUUUGCUGAUAUAGGGGGUCUAUUUUGACAGACGUAAUAAGUGUCUAUUGUGAACAACUCAAGCUAUGGGGUUGUGUUGACUCCAUGCUGCCCCCUGCUGGGUGACGACAAGUAAAUGUUGGCCAUCUCCCCAUGUGGCCUUACUAGCAGUGUACAGAGGGUGAAAAAGCAUGUUGGGUGAGGAAAAAGAGAGAAGGCUUGGUACUGUUUUGUUUCGAUUUUGUUUCGAUUGCCUUGAUCAGUUUGUCGCUGCAGUCCUUUCCUUCCCUGAGACCAAGGUACAUCCGAGAGUUUAAACAGCGGCAAAACCGCCCUCUUACAUUGUUCUGAUGUCAUCAAUGGUGACUUUAUUUAUGGAUGUAGUUUACAUGCACCCUGCUAAAGACACUGCCUUCUUAAUACCAGUAUCUCACUUUUUAAAACUCUGUUAUUUUGGAGAGUUGCCUCCAUAAAGACAUAUAAGCCCAGAAGAAGAGUUUAUGGUUCUGAUGUUUUGUGUGCAAAUAAGGCAUUACUUUUCAUCACUGCUGGAAGGAGAACCACAGGAUAACCAGGACUCCAAAGCACUGUUUUUUUUCACAUUGUAAAUAAGCUGACAAAAAUGGCUAGACUUUAUACAUUUGCAUUUCAGUGCAAAAGGCAUAUAUUCAGUCUCAGUGCUAAAUUUGUAAGGAUUAUAACCAAUGGAAGUCAUUUUCUUAGGUUUCACACUAAAAGUUUAGCUACCCCAAGUGCUGAGCUUAAUUGUUGGUAACUUUUCAUAGAAAAUGGUUUGUCUAAUUCAUAUGGUUUUCAACAGUGCUUAUUGGCUUAGUGGAUUUCCAUAUCUUCUAUCACAGGCCUCUAUAUUUAAAGUAAAAGUGCAAUACAAGUAGUUCAGUGCAAAACACCUCAACGCUUCCCAAUGUGAAUGGACAGAGGAGUGGGCAUCUUUGUCAUUUACAUUAUUAUGUCCUGACUGAUUCAUUAUAAUGAGACAGAUAGGGGAGUGAUAAAGUAAAAAAGAUCAGCUAGUAUAUACAAAUAUAUGAAACUCUGAUAUAUAGACUAGCCAACUGUGUUGUUGAAAAUAUGGCUGUAUUCUGUUUGUAGGGAGUCUAUGUUAUUAUUUAAGCACACUGAAGGUGUUCAACAGAAAAUCAAACCUCAAUAUACUGUAUGUUUUCUAAUUCCUACUGAGUAACUGAGCAUAGAUGCUCCAUAAACAGUGAAAUGUCAUUGGAGGGACAGUACUUCGGUCAAUGUUUUAGGCUUAUGGGAGAUCAGAGUUUUGUAAAAUUGCUGUCUUUUCUUUUUAACCCUCCUUGUAAUUACAAUUAUUACUGUAUUUAUUUAUGGGCUCAUAAUCCACUUACUGCUGCCUGUGAGUGCUUCGUAUUCAGAUCAAAUAAAGCUACAUCAAAGUCAUAGUGACA